GUAAUGUAUUGUUACUGGUUGAAAAUCAUUAAAAAAAAUUAUGAAAGAUCUCGAGUUUUUCCAUUUUGAUGCGUCAAAACAAUUGCAAUGGCGGGUCUUGAUACAAAAUUUUAGUGUCUUUAUUUUUUAUAUUUAAAUUAUGUGUUGAUUAACAAAUUAUAUGUAAUAUAAGAAGUAUCCAUGGACAACAGACCUGAAGUUGAUAAAAUUGCCCAAAGCCUAGCAUUUAAAGUAGAAGCAACUCCACAAGAUAAUGGAUUAGAAAUAACAAGUACAUCUAAGAUUACUCCCCUAAAUUUUAAAAUUAGGAUUCGAAAGAAAAAUGAGGCUGCUGUACAAAAAGGUAUUCUGUCAGUGCCCAAAUUAAAUGUUCCAGAAAGAAUUCGCCUUAUUAGUAGUGAUCAGACCAUAAUGUCUUUUGAUAUGCUCAUGGAAGCUGUUAUAAAUAAGAAAUAUUCAAGAAAAGCAACGCGAAGAUUCUUUGGAGGAUGCUUUAAAAAUGGGUGCGACCAAGACGACUCUCCUUAUAUAAAAAAAAUAUCCAAAAGUAAGCUUUAUGGCGAAGAUAUAACAAGUAGAUCUGCUGGAGUAAUAAACAAUAGCAUUCUCGUAGCAAAAAACAAUGAUCAGUUAAAUAGUAACCCCAAGCAGCCUAAUAAGAAAACACAGCACGACUAUUUUGGGAAAUGUAAACCAGGAGGAUGUUUGGAUCCCCCAUUUGAUGAAGAUAAAUAUUCGUAUGAACCUGACAAAGAACAAAUAUUAUUUGAUAAUUCAAAGAACUAUAAUAUACUCAAAAUUAAGAAAAAUGAUGGACAAAAUUCAAUUAUUGAUAGAUUGUCCAUUGAAAAAUCAUCGGACAGAGUUCAAAAUAAAUCUAGUGUCUUGAGCAUCUUAAGUUUGUAUCAGGCACAGUUUUUGAAUAAUUCCUUAGAUUCAAAAUAUUCCGAUUCUAUUAUAACUUACCCACCUACCCUAUCCUCAAGUGAAAUAUUAACCGAAAAAUACAUUAAUGAAAAGAAUAGAAUUAAUGGAGAUAAAUCAAGAAAAUCGUUUAAUGAAUUUUAUGAGACCUAUUUUAUACCAUCGAAAACAACAAAAAAGUACAUUAAUAAGAAAGCAUCAAUAAUAAGCCACACCAACGAGCGAUUCAAAGACCCAACGACAUUAAAUAAUAAAGUACAAAAAGAAAUUGAGGGAAAUUCAAUUGAAUUUAUUAAACCUUAUCAAAAUGAAAAUAAAACACAACAAAUAGUCAUUUCCACAGUCAGUAAAGUUAAUCAAAAUUACAUCGAUCAGCCAGAAAAAGAACAUUUAUAUGAAGAUACUACUACUGAACUUAUUUCCAAAACUCUAUAUGAACCAUUAGUAGAACCUGAAAAUAUUAUGUUACUGACUUUAGAUCUUAAAUCCGAUAAAAUUAUUACAGAUAAUCAAACUGACAAUAAAAUUACUCAGAAUGAAGUAAUUGCAAAUGAUAACAAUUCCUAUAUUUCUAUAAAUAGAAAAAGUGGAAGUAAAAUGAUUUCAUCUAAUUUUACAGACAAUGUACAAGACAAUUAUAAUUUUCAAACAAAUAGUAAAGAUUUAGAUAAGGUCUAUGAGAAUAUCACAAAUUCUACUAGAGAAAUAAACAAUAAUAACAAUAGCAAUGAAGCGUUCAUAAAUGACAAAAUACAUUUGAAAGAUUCAAAAUUAUCACAAAUUGCUACAGAAAAAAGAAAUAUAACUAUCAAAAAUGAAUUACUUGACACUUUGGAUACUAAUAACAAAGAAAAUUGUGAAGAAUCAAAUUCUGCAAUAAAUACAUAUAAAAGAGAUAUAAACACACAGAAAAAUGAUAAAAGUAACGUAGAAAUCUCUAACAAAGACAGUAAAAUUAUUAAAUAUGAAACAUCAAAAAAAAUAUCAGAAGAACCAAAAAUUGAUGAUAAAUCUAUUUUAUCUGAUUUUAAACAAGAGUGUGUUAAUCCUACAAUUUCAACAGCUAUAGUAACAGUUAACAGUUAUAAAGAAUCACAAAUAAAAGAACAAACAUCUUUUAUAGCAGAUGAUGUAAAAUCAGAAAAUAUCAUAAAUAAAUGUUUUAUAUCAUCUUUGUCGGCAUCCCAUAUAAAGGAAGAAAUACAAAACGAAUCGCCUGGAAUCUGUCUUAACCUUGCUUUUCAAUCAUAUCCAGGUAAAAACGGUAAUAAAACAAUAAAAACUUUAGAUGCAUCAAGACCACUAGUAAGAAAAUCUGAUGAUAGUAUUACCAUAAUAAAAUCUAAGAUAAAACCUGAUAGCAAAGAAAUAAAAAUUCCAAUAGAUUCCGAAAACUAUAUGUUCAUACAAUUAAGGAAAGAUCAACCACAUUUAACACAAAAAAAUAAAUCUACGUUUACAAAACAAACACAGGAUGUAUCGGCUAUGGAAUUAAAUAAUAACAUUGAAUCCUUGCAAAAGACUUUAGCAAUAUUAUAUGAACUACAAUUGGUUCCUCUGCAAAAUGUAAUUAAAAGUUUAAAAGAAGAAAUUGACGAAUUAGCAAGGCAACAAUUCUGGCUGAAAGAGAAUUUGCAAAUAAAGAAAAAUAAACCAAUAAAAUUAAUCAACAUUAAUAAACGCUGUGGAUGUUUUAAGAGAUAUGGGAACAUUUAAAAAUCAUAUAUUCUUAUUUUAUAGCAAUUCUAAAAUAUAUUUUACAUACUCCGAAGUUGCAAUUUAUGCAUUUAAAUAAAUUUAUGGCAAAACGAAAAUAACGCAAUGCGAUUUAAAUAAUAAUGCGACAAGUUCCUCA